UGAAACUGGAGUUAUAACAAUAAUUUUUACUUGUAUAUUCUAUAAAUUCAAUGUAUAUAUAAGGACAAUCUUAUAUUGCUUUGUUUUCAGUACUUAUACAAAACUUUUUAUUUGUUAUUAAUAGGUUAAAUAUAAUAAAUUAUGAUGCGCAGUUAUUCUCAGUGAUAUUGACUUAAUUUUAUCUUUCACAAUGUGGCUAAGAAAAUGUAGUAACGUUUAUUAUAAAACAAAUAUUUUUAAAGGUUUAACCAAAAGCACACUUAGCUCUUUGAGUAAUGUGAAUGUAUUAGGCAUUGAAACCUCUUGUGACGAUACCGGUUGUGCUGUGGUGAACAGCGAGGCUACUAUUUUGGGGGAAUUUUUGCAUUCACAAAAUGAAACCCAUGUUAAAUAUGGUGGUGUGAUUCCAAUAAAUGCUAGGGAGCUUCAUCGUGAUAAUAUAGAAUUAGCUGUUGAUUCAGCUUUAAAUAAUGCUAGAAUUGGUAUGAAUGAUAUUGAUGCAAUAGCAGUAACCGCAAAACCUGGACUUUUGCUCAGCUUGAUGAUAGGUGUGAAAUAUGCAAAUUUCCUUGCCAAAAAGUUUAAAAAACCAAUUAUUCCAGUACAUCAUAUGGAAGCUCAUGCAUUAGUUGUAAGGAUUUAUUAUAAUAUACCGUUUCCUUAUUUGGCAUUGUUGAUAUCAGGAGGACAUUGCCUUUUAACCGUUGUAAAGGAUGUUGAUAAUUUUUUAUUACUUGGACAAACUUUAGACAAUGCCCCCGGUGAAGUGAUGGACAAGGCUGCUCGGAGAAUGAAGUUGAAGAAUAUACCAGAGUAUUCACUAAUUUCUGGAGGCAGAGCGAUAGAAUUAGCUGCUAAGAAUGCUACAAAUCCAUCACUGUUUGAAUUCCCUGUUCCAUUACAGAAAAAUAGGGACUGUAACUUCAGUUUUAGUGGACUAAAAGAUUCACUUGUAAGGAAAGUAAUUAAGAAGGAGUCUGAACAUGGACUGAUGGGUGAUGAAAUCAUACCUGAAAUAUAUGACUUAUGUGCAUCUUUUCAGACCGGUAUUACUAAACAUUUAGCACACAGACUUGAGAGAGCUGUAAAAUUUUGUGAACUAAAAAACUUGUUAGACAACAAUGCUAAGAAUAUUGUAGUAUCAGGUGGUGUUGCCUGCAAUGAUUAUAUUUUUUCUAACCUCAAAAGUGUUGUCAAUCACUUGGGAUACAAUAUAUACAGACCACCUCAUAGAGUAUGCACAGAUAAUGGCAUUAUGAUUGCAUGGAAUGGUAUUGAGAAAACAAGAAAAGGAAUAGAAACCUGUCAAUUUAUAUCUCCUAAUGAUGUACAUCCAAUUUCUCCUUUGGGUGUUAAUAUAAUAGAUCAGGUGAAAGAAGCAAAUGUAGCGGUUAAAAGUCCCAGAUUCAGAGAAGUUAAUUAAAAAUAGAUGUAAGGGAUAUGUUAUUUUGUAUUGCAUAAAAAUAAAAUCCUAUUUGAAACAACAAUUUAUUUAAAUAAAACUAAAGUAUGUUUAAACCAGACUUCCAUCAUUGAAUG